AAUUCUACCUAACGUUCUUUCCAUCUUCUCUGCCGCUGCCUUCUUUCUCCCAGUUCUCUCGCAACCUUCCUCCUCGUCCUCUCCCGUGGCCUCUGUUUUCUCUUCCCCACGGAGUGGAACUCAAAGCUCUGCAUCUCCAGGUUUCAGUUGAACUUGUGCUUGGGAAUUGUAUUUGAUAAGUGGUCUGUUUGUGGUUUGCGUUCCUGAACCUGGCUCAGAAUGUGGUUUGUCUAAUCUGGUCAUAUAUAAUGUUAAAGCUUUGGUCUAGCAGUAAUGCUGGAGGCGCACCUAUGCUGGAAUUACUAAUACGAUUGGACCCGCUAUGGGGAUCAAAGUGUUGAAGUAUAUCAGUUAUCCGGCUCAGAGAUUAUAUAUGAAAAGAAGUGCGCAGAGCUUGUGAACCCGAACAAUUCCGAUUCCAGAGUCGAUUCUUUCUCUGGAGGUGGAGAAACCCCAAACGCAGAGCUUGUGAUCUUCCUUGUGAUUAUCGAUUCGGCAAAGGCAACAAAAAAAAAAAAAAGGACAAAGUAAAACAAACGUGACAGCACAGCAUGACCCAACCCCGUGAGCGGAGCCAUCUGAAUAUCUGAUCGCAUCGGUGGCGACCCCACUCCUUAUUCAGAGUGGCAGGCGUUCAUUGUGAAGGAAGAUCUGGUGCCUGUUUAAAUUCAAGAAGUCUAUCUAUUAGAGAAAAAGAGCGAUGGCCGAUUCCAAACCUGAAACUAGUACUGGCAUGAGAUGCCACCAUUGUGCAGGUCCUCUUUCUAAGAAGAUGGAAACGAGUGAGUGGACUGUUGCACCUCUUAUUAGGGAUAGCUUUUCCAUGAUUGGCUCUGCUGUUGGUGGCACAGCAAGUGCUUUUUAUGGAUUCAACCAUGUGAUGCCUAUUGUUCGAAGAUGGGUAAAAGGACCCAUGUGGUUGCAUUUUUUUGUUGGUGCUCCGCCUGUGAUUGUAUUCUCUUCGGCUUGUGCAGGUUUGGCAGGGGGUGCCGUUCCAGCGUUGGCCCAACUUGCUUCUUCAUCUUAUCAUGCAGUGGUCUCAUCAUCCUCGUUGCCUCCAACUUCUCAAGAUGAGAAGAUGCACAAGUCCAGAACUUCCUCGAUUCUGUAAUGUUGUAUAGUUUUAUGUACGCAAAAGACAUGUGAGAGAAACAUCGAGGUUUGACCUGUGUAGUUGCCCACCAGAUCAAGGUUCUGUCGGCUUGAGGCAGACACAAGUACAUGUGUGCAAACUAUUGUUUGAUAAUUAUUUAUGCCGUCAAUAAAAUUGUCAGUUUCAUA